AUGUCUCAUCAUACGCAAAGAACAGGAGAGUUGAGACGAGGGACAGAAGAACUAGAUGGAACUCUGAGCCGAGAUAUCUCCAUCUCAUAUGGCCGAUCAAUUCGAAGAAGACCUGAAUCUAUUCGCUAUUCAAUGAGAGGACCACCUCCUAGCAUAGAAGCAUUAGCAGUCGCCAUCUCUUCGACAACUCUUAGGCGUCUUCGUGAGGCUGCUCAAGAUUAUGGCCAUCUCAAUCCCUUCUAUCGAGAGGCCGAUGAAGCUUUCGCCGAUGAGAUGAAUAUGGCUUACGGUGUAUCAGGAGCUCCGAUACCUCUGUUGAUCCCUCUUGACAAUGGCUUUCACAUACCAUUCUAUGCUGUCCUCCUCAAUCGUGGCUUUAGAAGUGCGACCUGUUGGGAUUCCUACCACAGAGGACUUACAGCCAUCAUGCAAAGGGUCGCUGGAGAAAUGGGUGUGUUCACCACGCUGCCUGUCAUGUACCUGAGAGAAAUGCUCUACGAUGAUGUGGUAUUUCAGGAUGUAGAACAGUACAUGAGAGNNAGGGAAAGGGAUAUGGUUUCUGCUUCUACUGUGGAAGAAUACUGGCCUCAGGAAUCUUCGUCGACUUUCAUGCUCUGCACUUGA